GGUGACCAAAUAAAUAACGAAAGAGAAAGAGGGGCACAGCCCCAGAGAAACCAUGGAGGAGGAGAGCAAGUUCUGCAAAAACUGUAAACGAGAUGUGUCUGCUGCCAAUUUCUCUCUCCACGAAGCCCACUGCAUGCGGUUUCUUGCUAUCUGUCCAGAGUGCAAUGAACCUAUUGCUCUAAAGGAGAUGGAGAAGCAUCAGGAAGAAGAACAUAAGCAGGUCAGAUGUAAACUGUGUCACCAAAGCAUGCAGAAAUACCUGCUGGAGAAUCAUGAGUCCUAUGAAUGUAAUGAGCGAUCACUGAAAUGCACAUUCUGUGAGCUGGAAAUGCCCUUCAAUAAGCUGCAGAGACACCAGGAGGCCUGCGGUAGUCGCACUGAGCUCUGUUGGGAGUGUAACAAAUACAUUAUGUACAAGGACUUGGACAAGCACAAAGACAUUUGUCAGAAUGGCAAGAAGCUAUCAAGCAAUGGUGAGAUGCAUUAUCAACCCAGUGAGGAGUCUGCUCGUCAAACCUCGAUUCUCCCACCCUCAGAUCUCAGGGACAAUCUUUGUCAGCAGUGCAAUAAGUGCUUCCCAGAUGACCAGUACCUCCAACACCUGAAUGAGUGCAGUCCGCUCUCCAAACUCGCGGAGAUUCUCGCCAGCCAGUCAGUUACAAAAUCCCGCCUGCUCCUACCUUCCUCUCUGGUUACGUCUCCCCCCCGUGAGAAUGCAGACAUAGCGUGGAAGGACGUUCGCCCGAAGCGGAAGGAAAAGGACUUAUCUUCUGCCUCCAGGCCCUCCCUCAAGCCACUGAAGAACAAAAAGUCAGCAGGCCGCCCUGCUUUCACUGCCACAGUGGAUCCUGUACUGCCUAAAGCUCUUGAAGACCCAGUGACUUACGAUGUGUUGGUGACCUGUUCCCAGUGCAAUAUCCUCCUCCCAGGUCCAACUCUAAGGAAACACGAGAGAAAAUGUCUGCGUCUAGCUUCUUUGCAAAGUCUCAGGAAGAAACCAAAUUGGAGUCCUGGAAAAUAAGAGAAGCCUUUCUAAGGGACUCCUGGAAGAAACUGGAACCAGAGAUGCCCCACCAGACCCCAGGCUUCAGUUCAGCGCAAGUAACGGCAUUCUAAACACAUGGCUUUAUACAUAGCAAAUAAAAGCGUCAUGCUUCCUACACUAGACUGAGAACAAAGAAGCAUUCUCGGAAAUUUAUUCUGAACCAAAUGGGAUCGUCGUCAAGCUUUCCCAUAAAGCUCUGCACAGCUGUGCCCCAACAAGUGCCAUCCUUUUGGGCAUUAACAUGUAGUCCUUCCUUAGGGACUCACUUGUUCUCUGUGCCCUGCCUGUUACAAGAGAGGAGGUUAAAGAUCCCAUUCUCCUCUCGGCUAUACUGGUGCGUCGUGGCUGAAGGUGCAGGAACGUAACAGAAGUACUUGGCCCACAGUGCUUCCACUGAUGCUUUCAAGGUGUUGGCUUUCAGCUUUGACCCUAACGUCCCAUAGUGAUCCGUCCCACACCACUAGACUGGUUGUACUCAGGUCCGCUGGCCUCCUCCUCCAGCACAUACACACACACACACCUGAGAGCAGCCUAUGCAUCGUGGUCACUUUCCUUGAAGGGAAAUAUUUUCCCUCAAGGAAUUUAGAAGCACUAUAGAUUCCUUGGGCCCGAUGCUGAGCAUCAAUGAGACUUCAAUGAGAGCCUCACUGACUCAUAGCGUUUGACCCGGCACAACAAAGGGCUAAAUACUGGUCUCAUUGAAAUUUAUGGGGGCUUAGCCAUGGACUGCAGGACUAUAGCCCACACGGCUUAGCCCCUCAUUGGCUACUGAGCCCAAACUGCUCCACCACGAACUGAGAAGGGCAAAU